UCCUCAGGUUAUCUUACAUUCAGCGGUCCCUCGACCUGUAUUCUUACAAAUUGCAGUCUGGAGUUGGCGUUCCUUUCGGUAUUUGGGAAGACAGAAUUGGACAAAUAGCUGCAUAUUUUGGUAGCCAUGUUGCAUCUUACUUCCGGUUCCUCCGUUUCCUGGCACUGCUGAACUCUGGGAUUGGGCUCGUGGACUUCAUUUUUGUCUCGCUGCCUCAGAUUGUCCCUGGUGAGGCUUGGAGUAAUGAUGUUCAGUCAGGUUUUCUUGGCGACUUCUCUCAUACCAUAUUCUUCUACGGCGCCUACAGCAACAACAGCGUCCGAAUUCCCGGCGUCGACCUCAGCUACAACAGACCUCUGGCCUAUCUGAUGACAUGGUGUACAGUCAACGUGAUAGCUAUCCUAACUGUUGUGUUCAGUAUGUUCCUAAACUACAGACGUAUAAAAAAGACUGAUGACAACGAAGAAGAUACAUUUUCCGGCCUCGUUUUCCUCUCCUGGGAUCAUUCUUUGACCAGCCGCGAGGGUAGCAAGAUGAAGUCAAUCGCCAUCACAACCAACAUUAAGGUACUUC